GAGUGCGCGCGCAGAGACUCGGUAUUGAGCGGACGUCAGUGUCAGUUGUCAGUUGUCAGUCGCGGACGACGGGCGCGUGUUGUGUACGUGUUGUAUUUCGCAGAGUUCGGAACAUGGCUCUGCUCAGACGGCUUGCGGUGAACGCGCCCCGGAAUGUACGUGUGCUGUCCUCCUCGCCUCCGUCGCGGGACGACCUCGACCUUAACUUCAACAGCCCCAAAGAUGCGUUCAAAAGUAAGAAGACGAGCGAACUUGUGCGGGCGUAUUUCGUGUACCAAAUAUGUUCGGUGAACUGGCUGGUGGAGAACAAUGAUAUGUUGAUGAAGAGGCUGCGUCAGGUGGUGGGCCAGCGAAUGUUCGAGUUGAUCAUGAAAGCCACCUUCUACGGCCAGUUCGUCGCUGGCGAGGAUCAAAACACCAUCAAACCAACCAUUGAGAGAUUGCGUUCGUUUGGAGUGAAGUCCAUCUUGGAUUACUCCGUGGAAGAGGACUUGUCACAGGAGGAGGCGGAGAAGCGAGAAGUGAGUGCUUCCAUAUCAGCAUGCGGAGACAAGGAGGAGGAGGGUCAGCUGAAGCAGUACCACGUGGAGCAGAGGUUCGCUGACCGUCGGUACAAGGUCACCAGCGCCAGGACCUACUUCUACCUCAACGAGGCCUCGUGUGAGAAGAACAUGGAGGCCUUCUUGAAGAGUAUUGAUGCUGUUGCUGGCAUCACCAAAAGCACAGGUCUGAUGGCCGUCAAGCUAACAGCUCUGGGCAGGCCGCAGUUACUUCUACAAUUGUCAGAAGUGAUCAUGCGCGCGCGUAACUACAUGCAGCAGAUCGGUGGAGGUACUGGCAAUGUCCUGACCCACCACAAGACCAUUGAGGACUUCCAGCGGUACUUCGGAGACCACAGCUCCAAGCCGGAGGUUCAGGAGUUCAUGAAAAAGAUCACCUCGGAUAAGGAGGGAAUCGUCCAUUUGUUCCCCUGGUCGAACAUUUUGGACGAGGACAUGAACUUGUCCGAUUCGUUCCGAGUCCCCGACCCUAAGACCGGUCAGAUGCGUCGUCUGAUCUCCCAGAUCUCGCCCAAGGAGGAGGAGAUGUUCCGAAACAUGCUCCGAAGACUGAACCACAUCAUCAAGAUCGCCAACGACGCCGACGUCAGGAUCAUGAUUGAUGCGGAGCAGACGUACUUCCAGCCAGCGAUAUCUAGGAUCUGCUUGGAGAUGAUGAGGAGAUACAAUAAAGAUAAGUUCCUAGUGUUCAACACGUACCAGACGUACCUGAAGAACACGUACCAGGAGAUCCUGACUGACCUGGAGCAGGCGCAGCGACAGAACUUCUACUGGGGAGCCAAGCUCGUGCGCGGCGCGUAUAUUGAACAGGAACGCGCCCGUGCCGCUGCGAUGGGUUACGAUGACCCCACCUGCGAGAACGUGGAGGCCACUACCGUGUCUUUCCACAAGUGCCUCAAGGAGAUCCUCAGCAGGGUCAAGGGCCCCAACAAGGAGCGUCUGGGUAUAAUGGUGGCGUCCCACAACGAGGACACAGUGCGGUACGCCAUCCAACUCAUGAAGGAGCACGACAUCAAGCCGGAGGACAAGGUCGUCUGCUUCGGACAACUGCUCGGCAUGUGCGACCAUAUCACCUUCCCGCUAGGUCAAGCCGGUUACUCCGCCUACAAAUACGUACCAUACGGUCCGGUCGUCGAGGUCCUGCCCUACCUCUCCCGGCGGGCGAACGAGAACCGAGGCUUCCUCAAGAAGAUCAAGAAGGAGAAGAAACUCAUUCUCAAAGAAAUCGUCCGCCGAGUUGCCACCGGCCAAAUGUUCUACAAACCUGUCGGGCACUAUACGCCCGUGUAAAUAUACAACUUAAGUCCACGUGUUAUAGUCUAAUUUACUUUGCGGGAUGUUGAGAUGCCAAUGUGACGCGGCGUGACUUGUGAGUAGAUCUAGUCGCAAUACAUUUGAUGCGUUAUCGGGGAAGUAAGAACGAAUGCAGUUACUCGGUUGCGAUUUAUCGAUAUUUUUUGAUGGACGACUACAUCACUGAUGGCAUAUACCGUUUUUCUUACACGUUAGGGUUGGGAAAUGUCGAUGGUAUAUAUAAAAUAUCGAUAAAAUCGUAUCGAGUUCCCCUGGUAGUAGUUUGUCUGUGAUUGAUUGUUGGUAAUUCGGUUGUCUAGGAUAAAUAUCCUUAAAACCUAUUUCGAACAGAUAUUUCUAAUAAGAACACAAUGUUUGUGUAGGUAAAUAUUUAACUAAUAUAGGUAAAUUAAUCGAGUUUGAUAAAUGUAACUCAGGUAUCGUAAUCUUGUCAUUAAAGUUAAAGAAGAUGUAAUUAUUAUCAAUUAAUUAAGUUUAUUUAUCAGGCUCUUUGAAUACCAAACUGUUAGCUUAGAAAUGAUCAUUUGAAAGAGGUUUUACUAUCGACAACAUGGCGGUUGUCAAAUAUUGGCGGGAAAAUAAAAAUGAAUUUUAAAAUGUCAAUCAUACAAGGAUAUGAGAUAAAGAACUGUACAGAAGUCAAAAGAGCGCCCAGUGUGCUUAAUAAAAUAAAGGAUCUGAAAUUUAAACGCCAAAGUAUAUGAAACAUACUGAUUAAAAUGGAUGAGGAAUCAUUCGUGUUAUAAUUGAAACAAAUGUACUUACUCUCGUAUCUUGUAUCAAUACUUAAUGAUAAACAAACAGGAUUUGUAAAUAUUUGUCUUUAGUCAGUGUUGCCAGGAAUCUCUAUAAGGCAUAAAAACUUGGCUUAAAUCUAUAAAAUUAAUUCAAUAUUACCAGUAAACAAAAUGACUGAUCUACAAUGGCAACACUGACAACCAUAUUCAUAAAAAGAACGAAGUAACAAAAUCGGAAACAGUAUUGAUUGUAUGCUUCUUACAGUAUUUUUAUUUAUUAACGUAUGUAUAUUAUUAUUUAUCGACGCUUAUAAUUAUAGUGUUAAUAUCGAACUUAGGUCGCUGUUUAUAAAUAUGUAGGAAGUUAAAAUAUUUUAAAAAUAAUAAUAAUUGAGGAAAAAAUCGUAUGCGUUGCAGACAUUUUGAAUUUGAAACGAAGUUAGUUAUGCAAUGGAAUAUUGUUUAGAAGGUUCUACAAAAUUGUUAUAUUAAUUAUUUCUGUUCAAAAAUAUUCUUUUUUUAAUAACAUGAGAUUUCGUGCGUGUCGUAUAUAGGAACAAUGCCGUAGUAAUUCAUCGUUUCGGCUCGCAUUUAUACAAUAUUUUACAACAAAAACGUCCUUAGGAACUAGUCAUUUCUACUAGUUUUAUUUAACAACUGUUUUAUUUAUUAGGGCGAUUAAAUAAUAUGCAUUUUGAUGUUCCACGCGUACCUACUUGUAAUAAGUUUUUAAUCAUGUUUUAUGUAAUUUAUUGUGUAAUUAAGGUAACCCCGUUUUGUCUUGUGUGGGUUGCCGUAGUUAAAAAAUAAAGACGUGUUCUUUGCAGUUUUUGACUGUGUGUAACCCGCAUUACAAAUUA